AUGUCUGAACCGCAAGCAACCGUCCACUCUUCGAGGCAACAAAAAGUUCACUCAAAAUUUCGUGAAGGAAGCCCACUAUUCACGGAAUUAGGACUACUACAGCUUCUUCAAGAAACCUACCCUGAUCAUCAAGUCACAUUAGUCGGCAAAGACGGCUGGGAUUUCAGAGGCUUUGCUGCCGCUGGCGUUGCGGAGUGUCAAAUUGGCAAGGCAGAUGACUUCUAUCACGCUAUCCGGUCCUACCAAAAAGGUCCUGGGCCUCGACUCGGUUUAGGGGCAGGCAAGCUUGUUGACACGGUCAAAUAUGGUCGGUGGAAUUACGUUUGGCAAAACCACGAAUACCUAAUUUACGAGAUUGACCAAGCGGGUGACGUUUCUCGCCGCCCACAUUCUUCGCCUUUAUUCAUCCUCAAUUCUCAUGUCGAUGAGAAGCAAAACAACACAAGUGACAUUACUCUCAUUGACCAGCUUCUAAUUGCCGUAGCCGAGUGGAGCUGCGCUAUACAUGACGAGAUUUAUGUUUACGAUACCGGUUGCUGGCGUAAGAGUUCUGACCUGUGGAAGACUGUUCAGGACAGUGCCUGGGAAGAUGUCAUUCUUCCCUCUGACAUGAAGGCUAGUCUCAUUGAAGAUGUGACUGGAUUUUUCGACAACAAAACCCUUUACAAGAAACUUGCUGUACCCUGGAAGCGGGGACUGAUUUUCCAUGGCGUGCCAGGCAAUGGCAAAACUACAGCAUUGAAGGCGCUCAUGGCCUCGCUGUCCCAUCGGGAGGAGCCUAUUCCUUCACUCUACGUAAAAUCCCUUUGCCGGCAAGGUGACGGCAUUUCCUCAAUUCGAAACAUCUUUACACAUGCUCGCCUAAUGGCACCAUGUGUCUUGGUCUUUGAAGAUCUUGAUUCUCUUGUCACUGACCAAUCGCACUCAUAUUUCCUCAAUGAAGUCGAUGGCCUCGAAUCAAAUGAUGGAAUCCUCAUGAUCGGCUCAACCAAUCAUCUCGAGACUCUUGAUCCUGCCAUCACCAAAAGACCAUCCAGAUUUGAUAGAAAGUAUCAUUUCAAGUUGCCGGACGAAUAUGAACGCUGCGCUUACAUUCAGUUCUGGCAAAGUAAAUUGCGAGAGACUGACAUGGUCCAUUUCCCGGAUGAACUCUGCUCUAUCGUUGCAAGGAUGAGCGAAAACUUCAGCUUUGCUUAUAUGAAAGAAUUGUUUGUCAUGGCGUUACUCUCUAUCGCUCGCGGUGGGACAGGCGAUGAAGAUACCGAGAAGCCAGUCAUGGUACGACGCGCUGACGCUCUUGCGCCUGUGGAGAGCGGCCGGGAAGAAGACGAAGACGACGAAGAAGAUGACGAGGACCAAAUACAUCAGAAGAAGCAUGUAAUCCCAGAUGUUGAGGUUCUACAGAGCUUACAGAACAAUGUGCUCCUCAAAGUCUUGAGAGCGGCUUUGAUUACGUUGGUAGAUGAAAUGGACAGCACCCCCGAACGUGAUUGGCCUUCCACUAAGAGGCAAACUGGUAACUUUGGCCAGGCUUAG